AUGAGUGACCAAUUCACAUCUAUACAAUGGGACAGAACGGAACCCGAAGGCGAUGUUCCAGGUGACAGUAAUGACCAUUCACAAGUGCAAAUAAACUCUUCCAUAAAUUUGAUCGAGGAGGACCAAGGCCAAGAACAAGAACAAGAUGACCUUGUAACUACGAACACAGUGGUACGAGGUGGCAAUGACUCCGAUAGCAACCCCAAUGAGCAAAUACCUCCCCGAGAUGUUUAUAUACGAUCCAAGGUUUCCCAGCCAUUGAAGGAAUCAGAUGGGCAGAAUUUUUACAUCAGUUAUCUAAUUGAAACCGAGACAAACGAACCUGGUUUGGCUAAAACCAAACUGAAAGUUAGGCGACGAUUCAGUGACUUCAAUUUCUUAUACAAUUGUCUAGCCAAUGAUUUUCCUACCAGUAUCAUUCCACCUUUGCCGAAUAAGCAACGAUUGGAAUACAUCAAAGGCGAUAGAUUUGGCGAAUAUUUUACCACCAAGAGAUCAAUAGCUCUUAACAACUUCCUAAAUCGGAUAUCAAAACAUCCGUUGUUGAAACAAGCAAAGAUAUAUCACAUAUUUUUGGAAGACAGCGUAAAUUGGAAUACGUUCAAACAGAAUCUGAAAAUAAGCUCCAAUCCUAAUAGCACCGUUGGUGGAGGUAGCACUACUUCAGCAAAUGCAAACGGAGAAUUAGACUCCUUUUCUGAUUACAUCAUGAAUGCUUUCAAGAAGCCGACUUAUGAAAGUGAAAACGCUAAAGAAUUCCAAGAGAUUACAGAUAAGUCAAACAAGCUUCAGGAAAAUAUAAACAAGAUUGAUAAGAUAUAUCAAAGAGUGGUAAAGAGACAAUCAGAGAUUUCUGAAGAUUUUAGGUUGUUUGGAGAUGAAUUUAAGAAACUAAAUCAAAUUUUAACUGAAGGAUCUGAUACCCAAUUUGAUAAGGAGCUGUCCCAACAAUUUACUUCGUUUUCUGAGAAUAUUUACCAAAUUUCUUAUGAUUCUUUCAAGCUCACCCGACAGGUUGACCUACAUUACUUAACUUCGCUGAAGGAUUUGGAUCAUUAUAUUUCACAGAUAAAGAACAUGAUCAAGUUUAAGGACAGUAAGCUGCUGGAUUACGAGAUGUUACAGAAUUAUCUGAAUAAAGCCAUUGCAGAAAAGAAUCAUUUAAUGAAUGGGAAUAAUGUGUCCGGCAGUGAUGGUGCGAUGAAUUUCAUUUCCAAGAAAAUAGGUUCUCUGAGGGGCAAGACGCCUGGACAGACUUAUUCGUCUGGAAAUGAGACUAAUGACCGAAUCAACAAAUUGAAUGAAAAAAUUGAGUUCUUGGAGAGAGAAGUCAAGGAAACUUUUGAAUUAUUUCAUACAUUUGAGAAAAACUUGAUCACAGAAUAUCAAUUGUUUGACCGGAUAAAGAAUGAUGAAAUAACCACAAAUCUGCAUGAGUUAAGCCAAUAUUAUCUUGAUUAUUACAACAGUGUUGUAAAUCAUUGGAAUGAUGUCGAAAUCCCUCACUCUGAACACCUAACUGAUGAACUGCAUGUACUUCAGCAAUCUCAGCUACGGAAGAACUUAGAGAACAUAAGUAUAGAUCCUAAAUUGGAUGUUAACAGCAAAUUAUUUGAGCAUGAUGAUGUCAGGCUGAAUAACGAUCAUAUUAGAAGCGAUUUAAGAUCUAUCAAGAGCCAAGAGAGGAAGAAUGAACAAGUACAUAAACAAGAUCAAGAACAGGGUGAAGAGCAAGAGCAUGAGCAGGACCAAGUUCAGAAUCAAGAGCAAGAGCAAGAACCAGAAGAGUUAAGUAGGGAAGAAGCGGAAGUGCUAGAGACGCCUGUGCAAGCACAGGAACAAGAACAACAAGAACCAGAAGAGCUACAUGCUUCACAAACUGAGUCUCACACUCAAUCUGAACCACAGAAUGACAACCAACAUAACUUUGAUGACGACGGUUCCGAUGAAGGUCUGGUUGAUGUAGAAGGCCUUGAGCAGUGGUAA